UAGGAGAUAGUUGUGGAAUAUAUAGCAUUUAUAUUUCUACAUUAUUAUGUGACACAUUUAGGUGUUCCUUAAAUAAAAUGAAAUUGACCAAAGUUCUGGUUAGCAUGUAGCAAACUAAAAUUAUGUGAAAAUAUCCAAAGCCUUAAAAGAGCUAGGAUAUUCCUGCAUCCACACUCGCACAGCUACUCGCCGUAAAAGUGAUUGUUGACAAACAUAAGGGGGCAAAUAAAAGGGCGUAGCCUUUGUCUUUUAAACCACUAUGACAGGAAAAGUUAUGGGGAGCGGGUCAGUGAGGAAGGAAGUCUGAACAUUGCUGCAUUCAACAGAGAAAGUAAAUGAAAGGAAGAUGCUCACAAAUAAGAGAGGAGAAAGGACCACAUUAACUCUAAAGAAGGGGGUAGCAGGUCCUGUGGAGCCUGUGGGGCAGUGCAAAAGCCUGAUCAUGCUGGUAACCGGUGGUGGGUUCAAUGGAAGAACGCUCAGGGUUAGGCCAGAAAUGUGCCCUAGUUUUGGGGAAAGAACAUUUCACCUCAAGUUCAGAGGAAAAUUUAGAUAUCUUAAAACUUUAGAUAGGUUAAUAGAGAGGACAGAAAUGAAAGAAAGAUUCUACAAAGGGAAGUCCUGGCUAUCUAACUGCACAAACCUGAAAGAUAGUUGAGAAAGGCAAGAGAGGGAAGAAGGAGUGGAAAUGGGGGGAGUCAGUGAGAGAUACACAGAGAAAGGGAGAGAAAAAAAUGGUACAUUCAAAGAAGCAUAUUGUGACAAAAUGUGAACUUCUCUAAUAAACUCAGUUUAAAAGAGAACAUAUAGGCCAGGCACCAUAGCUCAUGCCUCUAAUCCCAGCACUUUGGGAGGCUGAGGCAGGAGGAUCAUUUGAGGUCAGGAGUUCAAGACCAGCCUGACCAACAUGGUGAAACCUCGGCUCUACUAAAAACACACAAAAAAUUAGCCAGGCUUAGUGGCUGGCGCCUUUUAUCUCAGUUACUUGGGAGGCUGAGGCAGGAGAAUCGCUUGAACCCAGGAGGCAGAGGUUGCAGUGAGCCGAGACCUCACUACUGCACUCUAGCCUGGGCAACAGAGAGAGACUCCGUCUCAAAAAAAAAAAAAACAAAAAAAAGCAUGUAAAGUAAAUGGAUGCACACGUGAGGAGCAGCAUCCAUGACGCAUCACGAGUGUACGGGAUCCUAAGGCUUCCUGACAAUUGCAAAUGUUAAAUAAGCCAAAGAUCACAAAAAGAGGUUUGUUUUGGCAAUUGUGCACAGACCUGCUGCGAGGCAGCUGGUGCCCUGGUAAAAGGUGGCAGAGUAAAUGCAGAACCACACAGGCGCAGGCUACCUCCUUUCUACGAUCAAAGAAAAUAAUCAUCACCCUGCUAAAGGGCUGGACAAAUAUAAAUAGGAGAAAAUUGGAAUCCAAGAUAGUUGAGAAGAUUAUAAAAGUGUGUCCUAUUGAUUUAAGCGAGUUCACAUCUAUAAAACUAGAUGAAUUAUUUCUCACAGAAGACACGGAGAAAAUGGCGAUUAGGAUCUCUGCACCAGUUUCUGUGAUUUUGUUGAGACAUCAUGAAGAAGAGAGUGACCUUCAGUGACUGUAAGGGAAAUGAUAAGCUACGCUAUGAGGUCUCAAGCCCAUACUUCAAGGUGAACAGCGAUGGUGGCUUAGUUGCUCUGAGAAACAUAACUGCAGUGGGCAAAACUCUGUUCGUCCAUGCACGGACCCCCCAUGCAGAAGAUAUGGCAGAACUCGUCAUUGUCGGUGGGAAAGACAUCCAGAGCUCCUUGCAGGAUAUAUUUAAGUUUGCAAGAACUUCUCCUGUCCCAAGACAAAAGAGGUCCAUUGUGGUAUCUCCCAUUUUAAUUCCAGAGAAUCAGAGACAGCCUUUCCCAAGAGAUGUUGGCAAGGUAGUCGAUAGUGACAGGCCAGAAAGGUCCAAGUUCCGGCUUACUGGAAAGGGAGUAGAUCAAGAUCCUAAAGGAAUUUUCAGAAUCAAUGAGAACACAGGGAGCGUCUCCGUGACACGCACCUUGGACAGAGAAGUAAUUGCUGUUUAUCAACUAUUUGUGGAGACCACUGAUGUCAAUGGCAAAACUCUCGAGGGUCCAGUGCCUCUGGAAGUCAUUGUGAUUGAUCAGAAUGACAACCGACCGAUCUUUCGGGAAGGCCCCUACGUCGGCCACGUCAUGGAAGGGUCACCCACAGGGACCACUGUGAUGCGGAUGACAGCCUUUGAUGCAGAUGACCCAGCCACCGAUAAUGCCCUCCUGCGGUAUAAUAUCCGUCAGCAGACGCCUGACAAGCCAUCUCCCAACAUGUUCUACAUCGAUCCUGAGAAAGGAGACAUUGUCACUGUUGUGUCACCUGCGCUGCUGGACAGAGAGACUCUGGAAAAUCCCAAGUAUGAACUGAUCAUCGAGGCUCAAGAUAUGGCUGGACUGGAUGUUGGAUUAACAGGCACGGCUACAGCCACGAUCAUGAUCGAUGACAAAAAUGAUCACUCACCAAAAUUCACCAAGAAAGAGUUUCAAGCCACAGUUGAGGAAGGAGCUGUGGGAGUUAUUGUCAAUUUGACAGUUGAAGAUAAGGAUGACCCCACCACAGGCGCAUGGAGGGCUGCCUACACCAUCAUCAACGGAAACCCCGGGCAGAGCUUUGAAAUCCACACCAACCCCAAAACCAACGAAGGAAUGCUUUCUGUUGUCAAACCAUUGGACUAUGAGAUUUCCGCCUUUCACACCCUGCUGAUCAAAGUGGAAAAUGAAGACCCACUCGUACCCGACGUCUCCUACGGCCCCAGCUCCACAGCCACUGUCCACAUCACUGUCCUGGAUGUCAAUGAGGGCCCAGUCUUCUACCCAGACCCCAUGAUGGUGACCAGGCAGGAGAACAUCUCUGUGGGCAGCGUGCUGCUGACGGUGAAUGCCACAGACCCCGACUCCCUGCAGCAUCAAACCAUCAGGUAUUCAGUUUACAAGGACCCAGCAGGUUGGCUGAAUAUUAACCCCAUCAAUGGGACUGUUGACACCACAGCUGUGCUGGACCGUGAGUCCCCAUUUGUCGACAACAGCGUGUACACUGCUCUCUUCCUGGCAAUUGACAGUGGCAACCCUCCCGCUACGGGCACUGGGACUUUGCUGAUAACCCUGGAGGACGUGAACGACAAUGCCCCCUUCAUUUACCCCACAGUCGCUGAAGUCUGUGAUGAUGCCAAAAACCUCAGUGUAGUCAUUUUGGGAGCAUCAGAUAAGGAUCUUCACCCGAAUACAGAUCCUUUCAAAUUUGAAAUCCACAAACAAGCUGUUCCCGAUAAAGUCUGGAAGAUCUCCAAGAUCAACAAUACACACGCCCUGGUAAGCCUUCUUCAAAAUCUGAACAAAGCAAACUACAACCUGCCCAUCAUGGUGACAGAUUCAGGGAAACCACCCAUGACGAAUAUCACAGAUCUCAGGGUACAAGUGUGCUCCUGCAGGAAUUCCAAAGUGGACUGCAACGCGGCGGGGGCCCUGCGCUUCAGCCUGCCCUCACUCUUGAUCCUCAGCCUCUUCAGCUUAGCUUGUCUGUGAGAAUUCCUGACGUCUGAAGCUUGACUCCCAAGUUUCCAUAGCAACAGGAAAAAGAAAAAAAAAAUCUAUCCAAAUCUGAAGAUUGCGGUUUACAGCUAUCGAACUUCACAACUAGGCCUCAAUUGUUCCCGGUUUUUAUUUUCUUUGCAAUUUCACUUAGUCUGUACUUCGUCAUUUUGACAGCAUCUUCCUCCCUCCUUUAAUUAAUGGAAUCCUCUGAAUUUUCCCUGAAUGUUUAAAGAUCAUGACUUAUGACUUGAUCUUCUGGGAGCAGGAACAAUGACUACUUUUUCUGGUGUGUUAACAUGUCGCUAGCCAGUGCUCCAGGCACCCAGCUUUGUCUGUGGGUUAGUAUUGGUGUAUGUAUGAGUAUCUGUAUGUAUAUAUACACGGUAUUUAUAGAGAGAGACUUUGCUGGAGAAGCCUCAUUUUGAUGCCAUUCUUCCCUGCAAGGUUAAGCAAGGUGGGUGGAAACUAAGACAACUGAACCCUCCAGGGCCUCCCGCCUCAAGGGCAGCAUGAGGACAGACCACAGAGCUGUCACUUUUGCUCUGAAGCUACUUCUCCACUGUCCCGUUCAGUCUGAAUGCUGCCACGACCAGCCAGGCAGGUCCACAGAGAGGGAGAGCAGAGAAAGAAGUCCUUUCUCUUCAUUGAGUUCAAGGACUGCAACCAAUUUUCACUGCCAUCUGAUGCCGUGAUCCUGAGCCAAGGUGGUGAGGAGCAGAGCAGGCAAUUUCACCACCAAAUGCCAAGAAAAGGGCUGACAUUUUCUUUCAUGGGCACCAACCUGCAUUUGUAUGUGUUCCGAAUCCACAGUCACACUGAUUCUUAUGAGGACGCAGAUCAUGGUAGAGAAUCUCUCUCUCCUCUGUACAUGUACAACUGCACCUGUCAUCACGGAGGUCAUACAUGCAUACAAAGAGCUGUACAGGUACCAUCUUGUAUACACAUAUAUACCCACAUGUACAGACAUACAUUUAUGCACAUUCACUCUGUUUGUUUCAUAUAUACAGGCAUAAAAUAGAGUAAAUACAGGUAGUUUUAAAAGUACCCUUUUGUGUGAAUUGACUACCGUUGUUUGCAAACCUGAAAAUAAAAGAUGUUCAUUAUGUAUGAGAAGUAACUGAUUUGUAUUCUGUGAGCAUGUAAAAGCGGAAAGUUAGUGCUUGUUCUAAGAUUACCUUCUUGUUGAUAAACCGUAAAUGAAUCAUCAAAGCUCACACCAAAUUUUUCUAUCAAAUAAAACUAGUGACAGCUUAUGGCUUUUUAUUAGAGCUCGCCACAAACUAGGGUAAGGUAAGUGUCUUAGCAUAUUUUAAUGCAGUUGCUUACUAAAGGUUUUAACCGCACACGCACACACACACGCUUUCUUAUGCAAUCUAUGUUUGCACUUGUGCUUUCAGUUAGCCUUCUGUAGGAAGUAGAAGUCACAUGUUGUCUUUGUUGUAGUGAAAUUAUACAGAUAGAGUUCCGUAUAUUGUAUUUGUUUCAAUGGUAAAUCCUUUUGGAACAUUUAGAAUGCAGAGAUUUUUUUUUUUCAUUAAAAUAAAUGGGUAUUGGUGGUUAAAACUGCUGGACAGUAA